AUGCACUUCCAUCCUGUGAAGUUGCUGAUCACCUUUGCCGUCAUCGACGUUGUCACGGGACAAUCCAACUCGCCUGGUGGAAGCGAUCCUACCACAACCGCGGCAGGUGUGACUACCACCACGAUUGCUCCGAGUGAAAACACGAUGUGCCCACAAAACCAAGUGAUAACCGAUGCUGUAAGGAAUACAUUCCUAACACGAUUCAAUCAGAUAAGAUCACGAGUUGCUCGAGGUCUUUUCGUCACUAGUUCAGGAGUGUAUGCUCGUCAGGCAUCGAAAAUGAUAAGGCUUACCUACAGUUGCCCCGCAGAGACCAGUGCCAACAACUGGGCUGUACGGUGCCAGAACAUGGACUCGGGGACAACUGCUUAUGCUGAAACCAGAUACAUUUAUCAGGGAACUACUGCUGUCUAUGACACCGUCGCGAGAACGGCUGUGAACUCUUGGAGGGAUGAAGUAAAUACUGGACGUCUGCCCAUGUCUGGGACGACACCACAGUAUAUUUACCAAACAAAUCUUGGAAUACCAAAUUUUGCAAAGAUGGUUUGGGACACUGAGAGGCAAGUUGGCUGCUCGAUAACAAGAUGCUCUACAUUUACGAACGUGGUUUGCCACUUUACUCCAAGAGGAGGUAUUGCUGGCACUCCAAUGUACAAGGACUCUGCAGCCCUUGAGAGGACUGGAAGAAACGGUGUCGAGAUUUCUCCCACCUAUCUACAGUACAAAUAA